AUGUCGCUCUUCAGGAAGGCUUUCGCUGUUGUGUUGGCUGUCGCCUUCGUUGUGCUCUUCGCUGAGGCGGAGAUGGUGGAGCUCAACCCGGCAAACUUCCACAAAAUUGUGAAGGACCCCUCGAAGAAUGUAUUCGUCAUGUUCUACGCCCCGUGGUGUGGCCACUGCAACAACAUGAAGCCCGUGUGGUUGGAGCUGGCGGACAACUACCCCAUCUCGGAGGACAUCAUCAUUGCCCGCAUCGAUGCCAGUGCCUACCGCGGAAUCGCGAAGGAGUUCGGCAUCAGUGGAUUCCCAACUCUCAAGUUUUUCCCCAAGAGGGACAAGUCGGGUGCGAACCAGUACAGCGGCCCGCGCGAGCUCUCCGCCUUCCGGUCAUACGUAGCGGCCAACAGGCAGUAA